AUGAUAGUUGAGAAGGAAAUGCGUAUAUUGACCUCUCACUUUGAUCACGUUAUCAUAGCCAUUCAACAAUCCAACAAUCUUGAAACCUUGAAAUUGGAAGAUUUGGUUGAUUCGUUAGAGGCACAUGAGUUAAGGAUUGUCGAGCGAAAAGAGGCCAAGAAUUAUUGGUACAAGAAAGACAAGGGAGUGGCGAAAGGCAAGGAUGAUGAAGGGGAAAACCUUGCAUGUCAAGAUUCAUAUGAUUUUGAAGGUGUGGUGCUUAUGGAUGCAGUAAUAGAUGAGUAUGUCGACUCCAAGAUCUGGUUCUUCGACACAGGUUGCUCGAAUCAUAUGACUGGUCAAAGAGUAUGGUUAGUAGAUUUCGAUGAGUCGAAGAAGUGCAAGGUCAAGCUUGCAAAUAAUAGCUUGUUGCAAGCAGAAGGUACUAGCAACAUAGUUAUUCAAAUGGAGCAAAAGCUUUAA